AUGGCAUCAAGUUCGAAGGAAGGCCAGAGCGCAGUCGCCAACAGCGCCAGCGCGAUCAACGUUGCUCGUCCAAUUCGCUCAGGCAGACCGCGCUCGCUGUCUACACCGCACAAAAUCUUUACCUACGACCCCCGCAGCCUUGAGUCUGCUGCAGUGUCUCCUCUCAUUCUUUCUGAAAGUCCUAAGGACCGCCGUCGUGAGACUGUGGCAGAAGCUCUAUCGCAUCUGAUCCCUACCAUGACUCCAGACGCAGCCACGACUGGACAGGCCAUCGCGACUUUCGACUUCGAAGAGGCCGCUGGACCCCGCGGUUCUCCUCUUACUCCUACGGCUUCUCCUCAGGUUGUCUCUGUCGAGGAAGAUGCCACCACCGGCGCAGAAGCUAGUCCCAUCAAGCAGAACCUUCAUCAGCAGCACUCGACCAUCGGACUCAAGCGCAAGGCCAACGAUGCCAUUCUCAUCACUCCUCCUCGUCGUCAACGCCAGAAGACCAACGCUGUCGUCACUACUCCCACCAGCAACGGAGAUGCUCCUCCCCCUGACUUGCUGGUCAACCUGAGCCGCAACGUCCAACACUUCAUCCCCUCUGACUGGCCCGACUGCGAACAUGACCCUCUUGCUUAUGGCAUGAGUCUUGGCCUCUCUAACGAUAGCUUCAAGCUCGCCACUUCAGACAAAGACAAGGCUGAAGAGAUCAUCGACAAGAUCUUGGCCGUUUCUUCCAGACUCCUCAAGCGUCAGCGCGUCCUGAUUCACGACUACGAUAUCUUCGACUCUCAGACCUACAAGCCUGUGGGUCGCCUCGAUGAGGGUACCAGAGCACUCAGACACUUCACCGGUACUUUGAGAACUGGUCUCGAAGACAUGGAGCAGUGUAUUGGCGAGCUCGCCAAUCUGAGAGAUGAACUGUGA